AAUUGCAAGGCACAAGCAAUGUUCAUUCAUCAGUCUCUGAGACCUUCGGUUCUUUAAAGAGGAUAGAGGAUACCAAACAUAUCAUAGCACUUCUCAGACACGCACAUAUAUACACGACCAGAGAGAGAGAGAGAGAGAGAGAGAGAGAUGGGGAGGGCUCCUUGUUGUGACAAGGCAAAUGUCAAGAAGGGGCCAUGGUCGCCGGAAGAAGACUCAAAGCUUAAGGAGUACAUCCAGAAAUAUGGAACUGGUGGGAACUGGAUUGCGCUCCCACAGAAAGCUGGUCUGAAGAGAUGUGGGAAAAGUUGCAGACUGAGAUGGCUUAACUAUCUCAGGCCUAACAUUAAACAUGGUGAGUUUUCUGACGAGGAAGACAGAAUAAUCUGCGCCCUGUUUGCUAGCAUUGGAAGCAGGUGGUCAAUUAUAGCUGCUCAGUUGCCAGGCAGGACUGAUAAUGAUAUCAAGAACUACUGGAACACCAAGCUGAAGAAGAAGCUUUUCAUGGGGAUGCAUCCUCAAUCUGAGAGACCAUUCCAAUCUUCUCAUCAAACCCCACCAUUUCAGACUCAACCACUAUCAUCUUCACUCUACAAGGAAUGCAGCUCUUAUUAUACCUCAACAACUAAAUCUUUCUCUGGCCUGGAUCCCAGUACUUCAAUCCCAUCGAGUUUUUUAAGCAGCAGCACUUCUUUGGCCACCCAUCCAUCUGUUUUCCAGACUCAGGAGAGCCGGGCGAGUUUCAUGCAGUAUUAUCCUGUGAAAGAGAACCUCAUGUUUGGAGGUGAAGGAAGCUGCAGUUCUUCUGAUGGGAGCUGUACUCAGAUCAGCUAUGGCAGAGAAAUUAAACAAGAAGUGAUGGCUUUCCAGGGCUACAUCUCGGAUGGGUUAGAAGAAAACCAGAAGUUCAUGCUUAAUUAUGGCAGAAAUGGAGGUGAAAACGUAAGCCAAUGGGCUGAGACGCCGCAUGCGUACUUUGGAGACCAAGUCCCAUUAGGGUGUGAUCUUGAGGAUGUUAAGCAACUUGUUACCAGGAGUAAUUGUGGUGCUAGCAACUUGUUCAAUAUUGAUGAAAGCAAGACAGCAGAGAAGGUCACGUACUUCUACUGAAAAACUGACGUCUGACUGUAAGUAAAAUCAGAAAGAUUUGAUGGGGUAAGGGGCAUGGUGGUGGGGGAGAUUCAGAAAAGACUUGGGAGUUUCUGGGGUUCUGUGUUCUGAUGAAAUGAAAUAUUUCCUUUUUUU